CCGGCUUCCGGAUCAUUGUUUUGUCACGAAAUUUGGAAAAAAGUGAAUCAUUUUUGUUUGUAAUCACAUAUUUACAAGAUAUACUUUAUGCAACACCGACAGGUUAUAUUUUAUGUGACUGUUGAAGCAAUGAAGUGAUGGUUUACUAACUCUUCUAUCUUACAAAUAUGGACGUUAAACCAAGUACAUUUGGAGGUGGGAUGUAUGAUACUGUGAAGGCAAAUGCUUCACAGAAGAGAUCUGGUCGUGGCCUGAAGAAGAAUUCUAAAUAUCUUGAAGCGUCAGAGGAUGAAUCGGAAGACUCGGUUGCUAAAGCGAAGAUAAUGAGGAAGUGUGAGCGAGCGGGCUGUCAUUCGAGGAUGCCAAUCUGCUUCGCUAAUGCCACAAACAGGUGUGCUGGAAAUGGUUACACUUCAAGAUGGUAUCAUAUAUCUGACGGGGAACAUUUCUGCAACGAAUGCUUUGAACACUUUUACAGAAGCUAUAAAGAAGGCUACAGCGUGUUUGAGAAGUGGAAACAUGUAUGGUCGACUCAGGGCACAACGGAACCGACACAUCGGGUGUUCAUGUGCGACCAGUUCCUUCCCUACUGGGUCCAGUGUAACCUGUCAUCGUGUCGCAAGUGGCGCCAGCUGAGUCGAGAAGCGAGUCUGACACCAGAGUUCAUCAAUAAAUACGUCUGUGGGAUGUCUCUGCUUGGUGUCAAAAAAGAAAAGCAAUUUGCUGCCUGUUGUAUUCCAGAAGAUGACCGAGCAUCUUUGGCCAACGACCCGAACUGGUUUUCUCAGCUUAGUAAUCCAUCAUACCUGCAACCCACAUCGACGUUCAGCAUUCUGGCCGAGUACUACCCGGAGAAAGUUGGUCUGAGUGCAUCCGACCCCAAGAUUCUCGAACUCAAGUCAAAAUCAAUGGACGCAGUGGCCUGCUGUGAAUAUGUUCGCCCAUUCCAGUCACCGAACCAGCCCCAGCACGCAUACAGCUUCCACCCAGCCAUGAUGGAGGACGACGAAAUCCAGGAAUUCCCUCAUAUCGCCGGAACUCACCCAGUCAUGUUCCUCGCAAUCAGAAACCUCAUACUCUCGCGGUGGUCAGAAAACAUCAAAGAAUGGCUCACAAAAGACGAAUGUAUUGGCCAUUUGAUCUGUCGAGGUCUUGCAAGGAUCCGAUUGGUGAAGGAGUUGCCACGGGUGAUCUGGUUUUUAACGAAGAAGGGGUACAUCAAUACGGGUCUUCUGAAACCUCCACAAGAACUCUCGCCGUGGCCAAAAAACACAAAGAAGGAGAUUCUGAUUAUCGGUGCUGGAGCCAGUGGUCUUGCUGCGGCACGCUAUCUCACACAUUACGGCUGCAAGGUGACAGUUCUAGAAGCAAGGGAUCGUAUUGGAGGUCGAGUUCACGACGAUUACUCGAUGGGACGCUGUGUCGGGAAAGGUGCACAGGUUCUCGUCGGGUAUACAAACAACCCAAUCUCCACCAUUUGUUACCAGGCUGGAUUAGAACUGACAGUGAUGAGUGAACACUGCCCACUGAUCAAUGAGAAAGGCCAAGUAAUCGAUGAACUGUUAGAUCGGCGGAUCGACUUCCAUUUUAACGCUCUGCUCGAUAUUAUUGCCGAGUGGAGGAAAAAUAAAGAUAUUACUGCCGAUGUCAGCUUGUUAGAAAAGUUCAAGGAAAUGCAUCAACAGUUUGUCGAAGAAUCUCAGAUACAGUUUUCAAAAGAAGAAAUGCAGCUGAUUCAGUUCCACAUUAGUAACCUCGAGUACGCAUGCGGCGGCUCACUCCACCAGGUGUCAGCACUGAGCUGGGAUCAAAACGAGGACUUCCCCCAGUUCGCCGGCGAGAACGUCCUUCUCAAGGGAGGUUACUCUCAGGUCCUGCAGAAAAUCGCAGACGGUUUGGACGUUAGAUUAAAUACAGAGGUGACUGGUGUGGAUUAUUCCGAUGAAAUAAUUUGUGUGUCUACGUCGUCUGGUUCUGUGUACCGUGCAAACAAGGUUCUGAUGACUCUUCCAUUAAUAUUGCUAAAAAAGGGGUGUGUCAAGUUUCACCCUCAACUUCCUGAAAGUAAACAGAAAGCGUUUGUCACGCUUGGGGCAGGUACUAUGGAAAAGCUUGCAAUGCAGUUUGAAAGAAAGUUCUGGAGAUCGAAAACGAAGGACGAUAACUUCUUUGGUCACAUACCGCUGGACGAGUCCAAGAGGGGCCUGUUCAGUGUGUUCUAUGACCUGUCGGCAGCCAAAGGUUCGGAGUGCAAUAUCCUGGUGACGAACAUCACGGAGAAUGCUCUACGCUUCAUCCAGGGCAAGACGGAUGCAGAGGUGCUGGAGAUGUGUCUGGACGUUCUCCGAGCGUUGUUCCCAGAAAUGGAUGUGCCGCCACCGACCAACUAUUUCCUGAGUCACUGGCGUGAGGACCAGUAUGCCGGCAUGGUGUACAGUUAUCUCCCUGUCGGAAAAGAUGGGUCCGUAUACGACAUCAUGGCAGAAGAUGUCGACAAAAAAAUCUUCUUUGCAGGAGAGGCAACGAAUCGCCAGUUUCCGCAGACCGUGACUGGUGCCUAUCUCAGUGGAAUUCGUGAAGCACAGAAAAUCCUCUCUCAUUCAGCCACAUGACAGGAAGUGUACAGAGCAUUCUCAUUGGACAGGAAUAUCAUGUGACCAUAAGUGCACCUUUGAUAGGGCAGACUGUUUUAAAAAAAAAACAGCUUAUGGCCUGUUGUGAAUCAUUGUGUUCAUAUGCUGGUAUCAGCAUUUUCUUUCAGUUAUUUGACCGAGUUAACCCUUUUGAAGUCAUUUCACAAAACAAAAGAAUGCUAUUGCCUGUUGUGAAACCAUGUGUUAACUGGCUGAUGGCAUUGGGGGGUUUUAGGGAAUUUUGUUUUGUGUAUUUGACUUGAGUUAACCCUUUUACGGUCAAAUGAAGAAAAUGUUUUGACAGAACAAAACCAUUCUGUGUAUUUCAUGGCAAAUAACUUAGUUGGGUAUGUUUUUUAUUGUGUAUAUAUAUCAUAUAGAAGAUCAUACUGUGUCAUUAUAUGUUUAGUAGUUAGAACUAUCGCAAAAGUAUGAAACAUGUAGAUUGAGGGUGUGAGAUGUUAAACUGUACCAUAAAAUAUGUAUUACUGGAAUCAUAAAUGUAAUGGGGUUAUUUGCACUUGGUUAGGGAUCCAUGCCUUUUCUCUAUGACUAAUAUUGUCAUACAUGAAUAUCUUGUAUUUUACACUAAUCAACAAUAGUUAUUUUAGGCAGUAGGCUAAAUAUUUGGACAGACAAACACACACACACAUUGUAACAUACACACUGUGACACGCGAACACACACAUACACUGUGGCACACAGACACACACAUACACUGUGGCACACAGACACACACUGUGACACACAGACACACACUGACAUAGUGUACAUAGAGUACUCGAGGGUCAAACUCAACCCAGACCAGAGUACCCAACACUUGCUAGACCUUACUAGAUGAAAAUCAAACUAAGGAAUAAAGAAAAGUGGAAUUAUGCAUCUUAAUUUCAUCACUGAACAUGGAUGCCAAAUCAUGUCAUUAUAUUGCAUUCCACACGUUCGACUUUUGAUUUCCCUCCGUGUCUCAUAGUCCUAUAAUGUAACCAGUGGCAAGCAUAUGGCAAAAUGACGUAAACAAUUAUAAUUAAAUGUGAGUGCUCUUUCUUGCACGGGUAUUUAAGUCCUGUGAAUGAACUCAAGUUUUGCUAGACACAUUGACACACACAGUUUUACAGACACACACAGACACACACACACACACACACAUGCAUACACACACAACACGCACACACAGACGCACACACCUCAUAUGUCUAAAACUAUAAUGCAAGUUUGUACUAAUUUUUAGAAGGAGCAGUUUGCGACCAUGCCAGAACAUCCUUUAGUCACUGUUCUACAGAGAUAUGAUUAUGAAUGUUAAUGGUUCUCUCAUUCAGAAUUUAACUAAAACGAUAGGUGGGUAAAUUGUAGAUCAAUAUAGUACUCUUUGUGUAAAAUUGGAUCUAAUGUAAACAUAAUACAUUUAAUGAAACUCCGUGUUCCAUGAAAAACAUUCUAGGUCACACAAAAAUAUGGGACAUAAAUCUCAUACAUUUGGCAAUUAUCCGUCACAAUGUAAUGAUUUCCACCAUGCUGUUUUUUUAUUGGACGUAUGGUACUGGUGACCUGGUCAUCACCUAGGAGUAGCCAGUCAUAUAUCUUGAAAUUGUUAACACACGUAUAUGUGUGAACAGCCAUGUGUUAUCAAAAAUAACACAUGGUGUUCUCACCAACAGGUGUGUUAAAAAAAAUUAAAAUGUAAUCGGGUCUUUAUUUUAGUAAUAGCAUAACCGUUUCAGUUAAUCACUUAACUUCACUAUGUACAGACACACUUUUUUUACUUUGCUUUUCUGGAAAAAGUCAUCAAAAAAAGAAGUUAUUUAAGCGUUUAAAGGGAUUUGUUUUUUCUUUCCCUCAUUCAUUGUUAAUGGGCAGGUUUUUUUGUAAAGUUUAUUAUUUAAAGACAGAUUUUAAUAGAUGUACUGGUACACACUUUCUAUAAUACCUAUUCUUUUAGAACAUUUUUUGUUUAAUUUUUGUUUUAUAUACAAUAAUAUAUUUAUACUUAGGCCAUUAUACAAUGGCAUAGAAGAAAUAUAAACAUAAGCAGUUUAUAAUAAACAUAUGAUAAGAUGAUUGACAAAUACAUCAACUACAAGAUAAUAUUUUACCCCUGCUUAUAUUUGCCUAACUUUAUUCAGGGAAAAAAGAUCAUCUGGAUACAACUGCAGCAUAUUUAGAAUUGUAAGUGAGGAAUAGCAGACCAAAUAGAUGAAAUAAAAACUAGACAUGUUAAAAGUUAUUGAAAAGUUUUCAAUGAAAACCAUACUUUCUACUGUCAUUUGAAACCGUAUUCUUUACCAGUUACGGAUAGCUGGAUCUUUUUUUUUUCCAGUCAUUGAAAACCAUACUGUUUUCAGUCACGUAAAACUUUGAUCUGAUUAUGGUAGCCCCACUCCCAUGGCUAGUGAUAUUCAAUGUUGGGCUAGUAAAUAACAACUAUUACCAUGCCCGACGGCUAGUGAAAAAAACAACCAUUUAGUCAUUUAAAACCACAAAUGUAUUUUGCUGGUAUUUAAAAACAAAUAAAUAAAACAAAUUUAUUAUUAUUUAAAAAAAGUAAAACAUUUUUUACCAGUUAAGGAAAAUUGUGAAUUUUACAUUGUAGUAAGCAGUAAUGUUUUGUAGUCAUUUAAAACUUAUGUUGGACCCUUAUUUGCUAUGGCGUCACCUGGCAUUGACGACAUUAAUUCACCUAAAUGUAAUAUUUUUUCUUAGUUCCACAUAUCUUAUUAACGUAGUAAAUAAACAGGGCUUCUAGAAUUUUUAUAAAAUCCACCAGCCAUGGGAUUAGUCAUUUUAAACAUUUACUAGCCACGGUUAAAAAUUCACUAGCCCAACUAUACAA